CACCUACCUGCUCCCAUCCAGAAUCACUAUGUCAAUGAACAUGAACUAACUACUUCGACGUCCCGGGUUAUCGUCGCAACUUCCUCAAUUCCUCCUUAUGGGCAUAGGAAAAAUUGGGUCCCUCGAGCUACCGAAGACUUCGGAGAUGGUGGUGCUUUUCCUGAGAUUCACGUUCCACAAUAUCCUCUUGGGAUGGGGCAAAGCAAGACGGUUUCAAAUGCUUUGGUUAUGAAAACGGAUAAAGAGGGCAAAAUAAGAUAUGAUGAGUUGAUACGCCAAGGUCAUGGAAAGGAUAGAAUAAUUCAUUCUAAGUUUUCCGACCUCCUUCCUAAGAUUGUAGAAGAUGAUGAUCCCGAGCUCUCAAAGCCAGAUGCUGAUACUAUAGCGGAGAUAACGGAAAAGACAAAAAAGGCCCUGGAAGCCUUAGUUGAGCAAAAGGUUGCAGCCGCUGCUCCUGCUAGGAGAGCGGAAAAGACUGCACCAGCAGAAUACAUCCGUUAUACACCAUCUCAACAGGGCCCGGCUUUUAAUAGCGGAGCUAAGCAAAGGCUUGUUAGGAUGGUUGAAGCUCAACGAGAUCCUAUGGAGCCGCCUAGAUUUAAAAUAAAUCAAAAGAUACCACGAGGGCCACCUUCCCCUCCGCCCCCGCUUAUGCACUCUCCUUCGCGUAAGGUCACUGUCAAAGAGCAAGCAGAAUGGAAAAUACCACCGUGUAUUUCGAACUGGAAAAAUCCCCGAGGCUACACUAUCCCACUUGACAAACGCGUCGCUGCGGAUGGUAGAGGCUUACAGAGUGUUCAUAUAAACGAGAACUUCGCAAAGUUAGCUGAGGCUUUAUACACGGCUGAUCGUAAAGCUCGUGAAGCAGUCGAAAUGAGAGCACAAAUUGAAAGGAAAGUUGCUCAAAAAGAUAAAGAGAGAAAGGAAGAGCAUCUGCAAAGAAUUGCUCAACAGGCUCGCGAAUCUCGAGUUGGUCUGAGGUCGGGAAAAAUUGAGCCAUUGCCAAAUUCUGAACUCGAUCCUAGUCUGGCCGACAGAGACGAGCUUCGCCGGGAAAGAGCUAAGGAGCGUGUUCAAAAACGA